AUCAUACACGCGAAUGCAAGUUAGCUGUCAGUGCUUGUCAUCGAAUGGUAAACAUCUUCUUCGUGGCGAUUGCCGUUUCGCAGUUUUAUUUAGUUUUUCCCGGUCACGAUGUCGAAUUCAUCGGUAGAAUUGAGCUCAUACCGAGACCAACAUUUUAAGGGCUCACGAAUUGAUCAGGAAAAACUUCUGAAGAUUUCCGCUACCCUUUAUAUUGGAAAUUUAUCGUUUUACACGACAGAAGAACAAAUUCAUGAAUUGUUUUCGCGCUGUGGAGAUAUCCGGCGAAUAGUGAUGGGAUUGGACAAGUACAAGAAGACACCGUGCGGGUUCUGCUUUCUGGAGUACUACAGUCGAAUGGAUGCCGAAAAUGCAAUGAGAUAUGUAAACGGGACCCGCUUGGACGACCGACUGAUUCGUGUUGAUUGGGACGCUGGAUUCAUCGAAGGUAGACAGUAUGGACGAGGUAAAUCUGGAGGACAAGUACGUGACGAAUACCGAACGGACUAUGACGCGGGCAGAGGUGGCUAUGGGAAACUGUUGCAGCAAAAGAUUGCUCCGAACACAGAUACCAGAUAGGCAGGAACAGCUGAUGUAAAGAUAAUUAAAAUGUACAUAGUUUUUAAUUUUAUUGUAAGCAAGAGUUGGAUGUCGAAUUUUAUAAUAAAUGAGUCAAUUUUUCUGAUGAAUAGAUUGACUUUGAUU